UUUGGUCAAAAGUGUCUGGUAAGAACUCCAAGUGAUGCGUCUUUCAUACAUGCGCAGUUCAGAGCCUUACCGGAAAUAAACAAGGGGGAGGUCACUUUUCUUUCAUGGCAGACAGUAAAUAGACCACCCCAUCCACGUAUCGGUUUGAACAGUAUAUAGUUUCACUUGAAAGUAUUUCUCAAAGAAAAAACUCUCUCAUACGUCUGAGUUUAGGAGUCAGUAAAGGGAACAUGGAGUGUGUUCCAGCUUCACUUGAUGAUUUUGGACCAGAGGUGAAGAAGGAGUCUGCUGUAGAAAGUGAGGCGUCACUCACAGCAGAUCCAGAACAUAAUGUUUACACACGGUUUAUGAAGUCCCACCGCUGCUAUGACCUGGUGCCCACCAGCUCCAAGCUAGUAGUGUUUGACACUUCGCUUCAAGUGAAGAAGGCAUUUUUUGCACUAGUAUCAAAUGGGGUCCGAGCAGCUCCACUGUGGGACAGCAAGAAGCAGUGUUUUGUUGGUAUGCUGACCAUAACUGACUUCAUCAACAUCCUCCACCGUUACUACAAAUCACCCUUGGUGCAGAUUUACGAGUUAGAGGAGCACAAAAUCGAGACCUGGAGAGAAGUGUACCUGCAGGACUCAUUCAAGCCUCUCGUCAGCAUCUCGCCAAACGCAAGUUUAUAUGAUGCUGUGGCGUCUCUGAUCAAGCACAAAAUCCACAGGUUGCCUGUAAUAGACCCUUUGACUGGGAACACGCUCUACAUUCUCACACACAAGCGGAUACUCAAGUUCCUCAAACUGUUUAUUUCUGAGAUGCCCAAGCCGGCCUUUAUGACUCGGAAGCUGGAGGAGUUGAGUAUAGGAACGUUUGAGAACAUAGCCGUUGUGCGCUCUGAUACGCCGCUCUACACAGCACUGGGCAUAUUUGUAGAGCAGAGGGUUUCUGCCCUGCCUGUUUUAGAUGACAAAGGACGUGUUGUGGAUAUUUACUCAAAGUUUGACGUCAUUAACCUGGCCGCUGAGAAGACGUAUAACAACUUGGACGUGACCGUCACCAAGGCCCUGCAGCACCGCUCACAGUACUUUGAGGGCGUGCUGACCUGCCACAAACACGAGACUCUGGAGACCAUCAUCAAUAGACUGGUGGAGGCUGAGGUGCACAGGCUGGUGGUGGUGGAUGAUCAGGAGGUGGCGCAAGGCAUUGUGUCACUGUCGGAUAUCCUCCAGGCGCUGGUGCUCACUGAGGGGGUAGAGGGGACGGCUCGAUAAUCUGCUGAGAGAGGAGGGAGCUUUUGUUUCUUUCUCUCUCUCUCUCUCUCUCUCUCCCUCUCUCUCUGUUUCUCACUCUGACUGUGGAUAAUGGCUAAUGGUGGACGACCGGCCCAGAAGGAAGACCCAGAAAAGAGAUCAGGAGAGCGGGAUUGUGUGUCGGACAGAGAGACGAGUCUUUGGACUUCUUGGGUUUGACUCCCCAUCUGUGAAAACUGCAAUAUCUCUCUCUCUCUCUCUCUCUCUCUCUCUCCUCUCUCUCUCUCUCCUGCUCUCUUUCUCU